AGCCACGACAGCUGCGGCUAUUCUGGCUAUUAUGACGCAGUAGACAUACCUUAGUAGACUUUUGAUAUGAGAAAUGGUGCAGUUCCUCCUGGCUUUGAAUAAAAAUCGAUAUAUCUGCACCAUUUAAGUAAAUUUGAAAACCCUAAGUAAAGAAGAAUUAAUGGUUUUGGUUUUUGGUGUGCUCUUAUCAGAGUGCGAAGAAACCUGGGUAGUCUCCAAAUCGACAAUCAUCCCAAUCCUUCAAUCAAGAAACAUUCCAAUUCUUUACGACUGCCAACAUCAAUUUUGAAGGAUAUUAUGUCAGAGUCUGCAGGCAACCUGACUGAGGGGGACCAGCACCCUUCCAAGGAGAGCCUGCCCGUCAUGGCCGGUCUGCUAUCAGACGGCACGUCAGCCCUGGAGUCGAUGACGGCUGCCAACGGGGAGCUCCAUGCUGAGGAGCUGCUGGAGCAGCUGCCUGCCGGCCUGCCGGAGGAUGGAGUGACAGGACCAUCCCUCUGGGCGGCCCUCAGGGAGCUGACUCUGUCUGACUCUGAGGAGGAGGAAGAGGAGGAGGGCUGGCUGUCGGCCGCUCAGCGCCAGGCGCUAGUGGCGCACACCUGCGCCGCGUACGUCUCCACGCUGAGCGCCGGCGCGCAGCGUCAGCUGACGGCCAGGCUGACGGCCGAUCUCACCUCCUGGCUGGUGCAGCUCUUUAGACAGCCGGACGCCAGUUUCUACCUACCUACUCCCGGCUGCGACAGCCUUAGCGCUAUGGUCAAAAUGAGACUACACACGCGCUACAACUCGUACGCCGCACUGGGCUACGAGGCGCUGUACGCUCGCCCUCCCGUCGUGUAUGUCAGCGCCGCCUGCCGGCCGUCCACUGUAGUCGAGCUGCUGCGCUCGGUCGGCCUGCCGGGUGCAGCCGUACGGCAGGUGGCUCUCAGUGGAUCCUUCGGUCCGGCGCACGCCAUGGAUGUGGCUCAGCUACAGAGGAUGCUGGACGAGGAUGAGGCGGCGCAGAAAGUGCCGCUGCUCGUGCUGGCACAUGCAGGAACUCCGGAGCUGGGCCACCUGGACAACCUGCGCCGGCUGGUGGAGCUCUGCCAGGAGCGCGGUGUCUGGUGUCACGUGACCGGCCCCAGUCUGGCCACCCUGGUGCUGGCGGCGCCCGAGCAGCCUGACAUCACACUAGGCGACUCAUUGGAUCUAGACCUGGGCCGGUGGCUGGGCCUGCCGUGCCUGCCGUCGGUCUGCCUGUACCGGCCGCCGUCGACCGGUGUGCCCGAGUCGGGCUGCCCGCCGCCCGCCUCCGCCCAGCAGCUGCUACCCCUGUGGGCGGCGCUGAUGGGACUGGGCCGCCGCGGGCUGGUGGACAGGGUCCGCGCGGCGCUGGCGCUGGCAGCGGCCGUGGAACGCCGGGUGGCGGCCGUGCCCAAACUGCAGAUACUGAGCUCCCGCCCGGGACGGGAGGUGGCGCCCGUCUCUGAUAUCGACAAACUGCUCUCACAGGCCUCGCUCAACUUCACGAUGGUGCUGGAGAGCCUGACUCCCACAGUUGUGUUCCGCUACAACAAUGACGCAGUGCAGGACAAUGUCUACCUGGACAAUCUCAACUCCUGGCUGGGUCAGAUUCUGCAGCGGGACCUGCCCGAGGUGCCCAUCCAGCUGUCGGUGGUGGACGGACGCGGCUUCUGCCUGCGCUUCUCGCCGCUCGCCGAGCCGUGCCGACCGCUGGACGACGACGUGCUGGACGACUGGGCCGACUGCCUGGCCCAGCAGACCGAGAUUCUGAACGCCACCGUGCACCACCGAGCUCGAUUCGCCGAGCUGACUGCGUCCGGUCCGCUGCGGGCCGUGCCACUGGGCAACUGGGCCGGUCUGGGAGCCGUGAGGUACAUCCCGGCACACCUCCAGCCACUGAUGGAGGCCGGAGUCACCGACUCGGGGAAGCAGGACAUCAACAAGCUGAACACUGAGCUGCUGGCCAAGCUGAAGAGCACAGACUCGGCCUUCUCUCUCGGUGACGGCGAAGACGGCAUGGUCUGUAUCCGGUUCGGCAUGGUCACUAUGGACACGGACGUGUCAGAGCUGUGCAGUCUGCUGCUGGACCUCGGCGCGCAGAUCGAGGAGUCGUCGCGAUUCCUCGAGACCAUGUCCGAGAUGCUGAUGAAAGGUAUUGAGGAGGCCAGCCAGGACCUGAAGAAGGAGUCGGAGGAUCAGCUGUGGCAGCAGGGGGUGCUGCGGCACGUCCCACUGGUCGGCACCUUCUACAACUGGUGGGCGCCCACGCCCAAAACGGCCGUCCGAGGCAGGAAACUCGACCUGGCAGAGGGAGUACUGGAGACCACUGAGGAGACAUACAAGUCGCAUGUGCAGGUGCGAAGGACCUCCUCAACGACGGGACCACAGUCCCCGGCUCCGGCCGGCACUCAGCACUCCAGGACGCCCUCCACGGCCUCUGGGGCGGGCUCGACCACUCCGGUGCCGCGGGCGGUCACCCCAGUCCCCGCGGCGGCGGCGGCCGAGGACCCAGCCGCCCCCGCCCCCGCCCCCGCCGCCGCCGAGCCGCCCGCGCCCACCGCCCAGCCGUCUGCAGUCUAAACCCAGCGGUAGGGUCCGUUAUUUAUAGUCGCCCCGACUGCCGGCGCCGUUCCGUUGUUGACGCGUGCUCCAGAGAUCAGAGACUGAAAAGCCGUGGCGGAAGUCAGGUUGUGAUAGAGUGGUUCAUUGCUCUUCUUGUUAAACAUGGCAGAAUGGUUUGACUUUCGAGUAGCUAAGUUGGCAUUACUAUGUGUGGUAGGGGUCGACUUAUCCCUGUGUGUUCUGAUGAGGUCCAUUCCAUCUGUAUGCUAAGGCCCGGGCGGUUAUAGAUAGCCUUUACCACAGGGUUCUGAGAUGUUAGCAGUACUUUGGCAAUAAGUGUCCGGCUUUUCCGCUAAGAUAAGCACCAGGAAAACCAAUCAGGAAUCGAACUCGAGCAGUUCUAGCUGGUAAAGUCUCCAAACCGAACUAUGGUGCAUCCAGCCUUUAGGACGAAGCUGAGUUGUCCCUUGGAGGGCGACCACGCACAUUCCAUGAUAGGUAGUAAGGAUAAAUGAUAUGCUGUUAAGCUGCCUUACAUACGAUGAAUGGUUCGACACAUUUGCAGGGGAGAGGGCAUUGAAUAGCGCUGGCAUAGUCUAAAAGCGGCUAGGCAUUUGAAAACGUCUGCAAUAGUGUCGUGUGUUCUAUCGUUAUGGUGUGUCGGGCUGGUCUCUAGGGCAGACCCAGGUUGUGCUGUGCAGAGUCGGUGGUUUGACUAUGCACCGGGGUCCGGCGUGGUGUAGAGUCGACAGAUUGACGGCCUCGACGCACCCGCCUGUGUGACUUUAGAGGCCCAGCGCGAAUAGGAUCGUGCACAUAUUUGAGUGAUUCUGGGAUUCUGAGGUAUCUGGGCUCGCUAUUUAUUCGUGUUUAUCGUCUGUUUAAUUUAUUGAUUAUAUAGCUCGUGAAAUCAGACCAUGCAGCAUUUCCGAGUUUUAGCUCAGAUUGAUACCAAAUGUGUGCCCGGCGCCCGCCGUCUCCUGGUUGAAGUACUGCCGCACCGGUCUGUUAAUAAUAGUUACGAUUAAGGCGCUUCUGCACACGACUUUAAGAAGACCUCUUGGAGACCGUUCAGUUAGCCAGGUGUGUCCAGUCACCCUUAUAUCAGCCUCUCCAGUGUCGUCCGAGACCUGCCCCGGGUGCAGACAGUCUGGCUGAUGGCUGGAGCGGAAAGUUCGUGUUCCGAAAUUACUGAUUAGCUCUCCAUGAAUAUACAUAUGCAUUUGA